GUUUCAGCGACUUCGGCGUGCUCGCGCAACGAAGUUCUCAUCAACGAAGAUUCGAACGGGGGUACCGUUCGUGCAACUCGAUCGCAAUGCAGGUUGACGACGAGAUGUUGAUGCGAGCGAAUCGGGACACCAAUUUGUGUCGCGUCUGUCUGACCGUGGAUUACAACAACCAAUGCAUCUUCCGCAGGAACUUGGACGAUCCGAACGGCGCGAGCAUCUCCGAACUGUCACAGAAGCUGCAACUGUGUGGCGGAGUGGAGGUUUUGGAAGAUGAUGGUUUACCUGCUGGUAUCUGUGUCAAAUGUUUGAUGAAAGUCAAUGUUGCCUAUGAAUUGAGGGAACAGUGUCAAAAAGCUGAUAUACAACUGAGAAAGCUUUAUGGAAAAGUUUUGAAGAAGAAUGUCAGCAACUUUGUUUCUACAAGAGAUCAGUAUUGUCAAACCGAACAAGUUUUUACUUUGGAUGCAAUUAAAUUAGAAAAUAAUAUCGAGUUAGAUGUGGAUAGAGGAAAUAUUACAUUGGAAAAGAGUGUCAAUACAAUGAAUUCAGAUACGGAUGUUUACAAUGAGGACAAUCAUACAGACGAUAUUGUUGAUAAUGAAUUAGAUGUAGACUGUAAUAAUAGAUCUAAACAAGUAGGACAGGGAAAAGUAGCUAAAAAAGAAGCUUACAGAACAAGAAGGUUAACUGUGUUUAAGAGAGUCACGUCUAUGGAGAAUCUGAGAAAUUAUAAAGAAAUGCAGAGAAGAUAUAUCAAAAAGAGCGCAAAUGUCAAAUGCGACACCAACGAUGGCGAGUGUCAAACAAAAUCGAAGAUUAUUUGCAACAGAGUUGACAAAACGACCGAAUUGUCUGAUUUGUUGUCUGAAUUCGAAUCGCAAUACAAAUGUUCAAUAUGUGAUAAAUGUUAUUCCAGUAAAAAAUCCUUAGAUAGACAUGUGUCAACUCAUAACAAAGAGUUCAAAUGCGAUAACUGUGAUAAGCAAUUUCUCUGUCUGGACAAACUACUUAAGCACAAAGAGAACGUGCACAAGGCGAAGGAAAAGCCACAACCGGCGGUGUGCAAUAUCUGCAACAAAAGUUUCCGAAAGACCGACACCAUGGUCAGACAUUUGAAUGUUCACAAGCGAGCGAAUCCUAAGGAAGUUUUUUCCAUAUUGAAAGAAAUGCGAGACAGAAGAAAAUUAGAGAACAGUCGCAAGUGUUCCGAGAUGCUUCACGUCGAAGCGGAUGAAGAUGAAGAAAUAAUUCUCGAGGAGAAAUCCCAAAGCGAGAACGACGGCACGACGAGAGAAUUGAGAAAACGCGUGAUAAAGGCGGAGCAAAGGGAUUCGGAUUUAGGAAACAGCGACACCAGCAGCGACAAAUUCGACUUUUUCGACGACACGGCGCUUUUUCAGUGCAAGCACUGCAACAAGAGUUACUCCACCGAGAGAUCCCUUCAACGUCACAUGUUGGUGCACGACGAGAAGAAAUUCGUCUGUAAUUUUUGCAAUAUGAAAUUUUACCGGCAAGAUCGGCUGAAAAGUCACAUGGACAGAUACGGUCACUACGAGACCAAAGCGUCUUCGGAACCGCAGAAACCGCCCGACGACAAAUCGGCCAUCAAACUGAUCAACAGCUGGAUAAGAGAAGAACUGGAUUCCGAUAACGAGGGCAAGGGCUUUCCUUGCAAGACCUGCGGAAAGUCGUACGACACGAAGAAAUCUCUGCUGAAGCAUCAAGUAAACGCGCACAGUGAACAGAACGAGUACUGCGCGAACUGCGACGGCGUGUGUAGCUGCGCGAACGGAAAAAUCAAGGAAUCGGAGAAGAGCGCGGAGAAAUCGAAGCCGUACACGUGCGAGGAGUGCAACAAGUCCUUCGAGAAGGAGGUGAAGCUGCAGAGGCAUCUGCGGAUUCACGAGCGCGCCAAGGAGCAACAGGACGCGAACUUCAAGCGCUUCCUCUGUCACAUAUGUAGCAAGACGUUUCGCCAGAACACCGGUCUGAUGUUUCACAUGCGCACUCACACGGGUUACAAACCGCACGUGUGCAAGUACUGCGGCCGCGGUUUCACGUCCAACUCGAACUGUAUCAAUCACGAGAGGACGCACACCGGCGAUCGGCCGUUUGUCUGUCAGUACUGCAGCGCGGCGUUCGCCAAAUCGUGCACCCUCAAGGCCCACAUCACCACGCACACCGGCGAGGCGAAUUAUCACUGCAAGACCUGCGGCAAGUCAUUUCGCCGGCUCAAGUAUCUCAAGGAGCACCGAUUCACGCACACGGGCGAGAAGCCGUACGCGUGCAAGAUCUGCGGCACCGCGUACAGUCACUCCGGCAGUCUUUUCGUGCACGAGAAAAAGUGCAAGGCGCAGUACAGCAAUUAUCAGCCGGUGGCAGCGGCGGCGGCGGCGGCGGCGGCGACACCGUACGUCGGUCAGUCGCCGCAAAGUGGCAUUUCCGCGGCGUCCCCCUCGUCGGUUAUCACUCCUAUUGUCACCUCGCUGCCUCAGGCGCAUUUAAACGUCAUCAACAGCACUUUGAAUGUGCAGAACAAGAACUACAUGGACAACAUUCAGAGAAUGAACGUCCACACGGCGGCCACAACGACCACGGUCGUUUCACCGGGUUUGCACGCGAACGCCGCCGACAUUCCCGAGAUGAGUUCCACCGUUUCGUACGUGGGGAGGUACGAGCAAAAGGCGAAUCAAGACUCUACUGUGAUAAAAAUAUCUUUUUUUUAACGAAACGUAAACGUGUUCUAAUAUACUUCUCGACUAUGAAGCGUUUGUUGCUUUGUCUCUGUAAUCAAUUUUUCUUGUACGACAAGAAAAGAUGUGGGUAAGGAAUGUAAUAUUUGACGAUUGUCAGAAAUCUUUUUAUCAUAUGACUUUUAUAAAUAGACGUUUUUAUUAUUACUGUAUAUCAAAGUACACAGAGAAAUAUUUGAGAUAUAGAUAUUACUUAACAUUUUAAGUAUAUUGAAUUGUUAACACUGUACAUAAUAACAUCUCGUGUAUUCGUUACGCAGAUAAAUUCAUCUGUCGAAUAAAGCAAGAUUUUGUCAGGCGUAA